AUGCCGCGCUGCGCCUCCUCCUUCCGCUCGCCGCACCGCCCCUACUCCCCGCGAACUACAGAAAGCUCCAGCAAUUUCACAAAACUGUUGGGCCAAGGAGCCUUUGGUCCUGUAUACAAAGCUAACAUGCCAUCUGGUGAGAUACUGGCUAUUAAAGUACUUGCUAACAAUUCAAAGCAAGGUGAAAAGGAGUUCCAAAAUGAGGGCUUACUUCCUGGGCGAUUGCACCACAGGAAUCUGGUGAACUUGGUUGGCUACUAUGCUGAAAAAGGGCAACACAUUCUGUUAUAUGCAUACAUGCCUAAUGGGAGCCUUGCAUCACACUUAUAUGGUGAAAAUAGUGCACCACUGAGGUGGGAAUUGAGGGUAAAUAUAGCUCCAGAUGUUGCUAGGGGGUUGGAAUAUCUACAUGAUGGGGUAAGCUGUUGUAACUCAUGAUUUGAAGCAUGAUCCAUGAUACAAUAUGAAGAGAUUACUUCAUCUGGCUUAA